AUGGAAGCAGAGUUGAUAAAUGCAGAGCUGGUGUUGCCAACCCACUUUAGUUUCAAGAGAAUACAGAUAUAUGAGAAAUACCCAAAAGGCCAACCAAGAGGUCGCUGGAAACACCUCAAACAGAUUCUUCAAGCUGAGAAUUAUCAGAACCACCCUCCUGAUGAACCCAACUAUGUUAAUAUUGAGUCCCCGCCAUCCAUGCACCCGCCUAUGAGAAUAUGCGAUAUAACAGGAUUCGAGGCACCUUACCAUGAUCCAAGGACCAACCUCCGUUAUGCAAAUACGGAUGUCUUCAAGCUUGUAAGAUCACUUCCAAAUGAGUAUGUGCAAAGGUACCUAGCUUUGAGAAAUGCAGCAGUUACUCUGAAAUAG